GUAUAUAUAACUCACAUAGGCAUGCAUUGCACUUGUAGUCGCAAGCAAUUCACUGCUGUUACUUUUGUAAACGAAGCAGUCAGACAGGAGAGCUAUCGAGUAUCAAAAGAAGGCCAGACCAGACUGAGACAGGGUAGAACGACGGUCGACGACGACGUCCCGCGCGCAGGAGAGGAAGGUAAAGGCAGUGGUGAUUGGUGAAUAAUCACUGUCAGCCAGGCUAAAAGCUCAGAGCAUGUACAGUCAUCAGAGUCAGUCAGACUGUGAUGAGUGACAUGAUCCGACGUGAAUGCCCCCACAAAAGGGCACAUCCCAUUCCGACUGACUGAUUGCAACGCCACCACUCAUCACUCGCCAUCUUUGACAGUCUCCCUUUCCUGGAUACAUGCUCGAUGCUCUCCUAGUAAACACUAAACACCGUGCGUGAUGCUCUGUUAUUGAUGCCCUGCUUGGCAGCUACCCCACCGCCAUCCCUGAUUCUCCAGCCACAUGCUGCCAAAAGCAACUAAAAUUUGUCUCUGACGAUUCUUCUGCCCUCGCGGCCGGUCCAUCCAAAGCGACUGGUUUUUUGUUUUUUUUUUUAAUUCAGACACGAAUAUGUUCUGAACAUCUAUCUAGCUCUCUCUCUCUGAGCUAGAUUUAUGUGGUACGAAGAACCCUCCUGUUCAGAUGGGCCUAUGUAUGAUACGUGUUGCUCACUCGCUUGCUCCUCCUCGCAGUCUCAAUGGAUGGAUGAAUCAGUUCGGUCGCACGGGCGUGUACCGAAGCUUCAUGUUCAGCAGCCCGACUGUGCUGGUGACGACGGCGGAGGGGUGCAAGCAGGUGCUGAUGGACGACGACGCGUUCGUGACGGGGUGGCCCAAGGCGACGGUUGCGCUGGUCGGGCCGCGGUCGUUCGUGGCGAUGCCGUACGACGAGCACCGGCGCAUCCGCAAGCUGACUGCCGCGCCCAUCAACGGCUUCGACGCGCUGACGGGGUACCUGCCCUUCAUCGACCGCACCGUCACGUCGUCGCUGCGCGCGUGGGCGGACCACGGCGGCAGCGUCGAGUUCCUGACGGAGCUGCGGCGCAUGACGUUCAAGAUCAUCGUGCAGAUCUUCCUGGGCGGCGCGGACCAGGCCACCACGCGCGCGCUGGAGCGCAGCUACACGGAGCUCAACUACGGCAUGCGCGCCAUGGCCAUCAACCUGCCCGGCUUCGCGUACCGCGGGGCGCUGCGCGCGCGCCGCCGCCUCGUGGCCGUGCUGCAGGGCGUGCUGGACGAGCGCCGCGCCGCCAGGGCCAAGGGGGUCUCGGGCGGAGGAGUGGACAUGAUGGACCGGCUGAUCGAGGCCCAGGACGAGCGCGGGCGGCACCUGGACGACGACGAGAUCAUCGACGUGCUCGUCAUGUACCUCAACGCCGGCCACGAGUCGUCCGGCCACAUCACCAUGUGGGCCACCGUGUUCCUGCAGGAGAACCCGGACAUGUUCGCGAGAGCAAAGGCGGAGCAGGAGGCGAUCAUGAGGAGCAUCCCGUCGUCGCAGCGGGGGCUGACGCUCAGGGACUUCAGGAAGAUGGAGUACCUGUCGCAGGUGAUCGACGAGACGCUGCGGCUCGUCAACAUCUCCUUCGUCUCCUUCCGUCAGGCCACCAGAGACGUCUUCGUGAACGGAUACCUCAUCCCCAAGGGGUGGAAGGUUCAGCUCUGGUACCGGAGCGUGCACAUGGACCCACAGGUGUACCCUGACCCCACCAAGUUCGACCCGUCGAGAUGGGAGGGCCACUCGCCGAGAGCCGGCACGUUCCUGGCGUUCGGGCUGGGCGCCAGGCUCUGCCCCGGCAACGACCUCGCCAAGCUGGAGAUUUCCGUCUUCCUCCACCACUUCCUCCUCGGCUACAAGCUGGCGAGGACGAACCCUAGGUGCCGGGUGAGGUACCUGCCGCACCCGAGGCCGGUGGACAACUGCUUGGCCAAGAUCACCAGAGUCGGUAGCUAGCUGCUAGAUUGUGAUGGAAGUACGAAUGAAAAAAAAGCCCAGCAGAAACUCUAGCGGCUGGGCCGGCUGGAAAUUAUGGGCCGGGCCAUUGUGGUUGCCCCCCCUGUCUGUGCAAAAAUAAAACAAGCAGAAAGGAAUAAAAAAAAGGAAAAGUAUUACUUCGAA